GGAGGCCCGUGGCCUGCGGGCGGACGUCCCGCGCUUGAAGAGACGUGGUGGGCUCGCCCCGUGGCGCCCGCGCCCGUGCCCCCUGCGAGUCCGCCCUGCCGCGUUCGGGAGAGCGGUGCCUCCGCCGUCCUGAUUCCGGCUCCUGCUCGUGGCUGCCUCCGUGGGCCUCGGGCCUUGUCCGCGCGUCCGCGGGCCUGUGUGGCUGGCGGGCUUCCUGUCCCAGGACUCUUGUCGUGCUCAGAGCAGCCUCUCGGGAGUAGCCAUCGUUCCCGUGUUACAGAUGAGGGGGGCGCAGCCCGGAAAGGCCAAGUAACCGGCCGGCGCCGCGCAGCCGGGAGGGGCAGAGCCGGCGGCCGUGGGUCCGCGCCAGCCCGGACUCCGAUCGCGCUCUUCGUAACGAGGCUGGUGUUCCACCUGCGUCCGAGUUCAUGUGCUUUACGUGUCUCGACAGCAGCAGAACGGCAGUCAUUGGCCCAGGGGUCACUGGACAGGCUUCGAGGCUGCAGCGAGGUUUGACCUCGGGCUUGGCAUGGUUGACCCCUCUCCUGGAACACCCGGCUUUCCUUCCUAGGGGAAGAACUUGUUAAGUCAGAGUGCCGGUAGAUGACCCCUCUCGGCCCCGUGGGCACCGCCAGCCUGGGUUUGGUCCUCAGCAGCGCUGCAGCGUGGUGUUCGUCUCAGGCUCGCAGAGACCUUAGUGCGUGCCUGACUUUUUGACUUGCGUUGAAGUUUACAGUUUUGAGGUCUCUUAGCUGAUACAGCCAAUGGUGAAUAAGAGGAAAAAAUCGGCCUGAAUUGAGAUGUUGGACUUCGCUGCAGGCUUCUUCAGAGCCUGGGAUAGGCACGCAGGUUCCAGGACUGGCGUGGUGGCAGCCACCACGGACACCAGAGGCCCUUUUCAUUCCUUAGCAACAGUCAAGACUGCCAGUGCAUUGGUUCCCCGGAAUUUGAAAAGAGAGAGAACUAUCCUUUCCAGUUUUUUCUUUGUCCCUUUGAUCUCCCAAAUUUGGAGGCUAAGCAGGAGAGCCACAGGGGCCCCUCCACCCAGAGCUCUGCUAGCCCUGGCCAAGUGGUCAGCAGCUGGGAAGGGCAGUGGGCUUUUCCGCAGAAAUGGCUUCCUGGCCUGUGGCCUGGGACAUGGCCGAGAGCUCAGCUCCGAUGUGCAGCAAUGGAUGACGACAGCCUGGAUGAGCUUGUGGCCCGGAGCCCAGGACCAGAUGGACGCCCGCAGGUCGGCCCCGUGGACCUGGCCAGCGACUCUGCAGAAAGCAGCAACGGCAGCAGUGGGGACUCUGGGGACGACAGUGACAGCGAGCAUGGAGAUGGCACAGACGGGGAAGGCGAGGAGGCGUCUGAGGAGGAAGACCUGGAAGACAGAUCUGGUUCCGAGGAUUCUGAAGAUGAUGUGGAGACAUUGCUGGAGGUAGCCAGUACUCAGGAGAAACUGGAAGCCGCUGGCUCUUUUAAUUCUGAUGAUGACGCAGAGAGCUGCCCCAUCUGUCUCAAUGCGUUCAGAGACCAGGCCGUGGGGACACCGGAGAACUGUGCCCAUUACUUCUGCCUGGACUGCAUUGUGGAAUGGUCCAAGAAUGCCAAUUCCUGUCCAGUCGAUCGAACUGUAUUUAAGUGCAUUUGUAUUCGAGCUCAAUUUGGUGGUAAAAUCUUAAGGAAGAUCCCAGUGGAGAAUGCCAAAGCGAGUGAGGAAGAGGAGGAGGAUCCGACCUUCUGUGAGGUGUGUGGCAGGAGCGACCGUGAGGACCGGCUCUUGCUCUGCGAUGGCUGUGAUGCGGGGUACCACAUGGAAUGCUUGGACCCCCCUCUCCAGGAGGUGCCGGUGGACGAGUGGUUCUGCCCAGAAUGUGCUGCCCCCGGUGUCCUUGCCGCUGAUGCAGGUCCCGUGAGUGAGGAAGAGGUCUCCCUGCUCUUGGCUGAUGUGGUGCCCACCACCAGCAGGCUUCGGCCUCGGGCAGGUAGGACCCGGGCGAUCGCCAGGACACGGCAGAGUGAAAGAGUGAGAGCUACCGUGAACCGGAACCGGAUCUCCACGGCCAGGAGUGUCCAGCACACACCAGGGCCCCUCGAGUCUUCCCUGCUGGACGAGGCCAUCGAGGCCGUGGCGACUGGCCUGAGCACUGCCGUGUAUCAGCGCCCCCUGACACCGCGCACUCCCGCCCGGCGAAAGAGGAGGACAAGAAGACGGAGGAAAGUGCCGGGAAGAAGGAAAACCCCGUCCAGGCCGUCUGCAAAAGGUAAAGGCUCAGCGACGAGGUCUAAGAAACGCCAGCAUCGAGUGAAGAAAAGAAAGGGGACGAGGGUGAAGAGUGAAGUCACCACUCGUUCCCGAAUUGCGCGGACACUGGGCCUAGGCAGGCCUGUUCACAGCACCUGCAUUCCGUCAGUGUUCAAGCCGGUGGAACCCUCCCUGGGGCUGCUGCGAGCGGACAUUGGAGCUGCCUCUCUGUCUCUAUUUGGAGACCCCUAUGAGCUGGACCCCUUCGACAGCAGUGAAGAGCUUUCUGCAAACCCCCUUUCCCCGCUGAGUGCCAAGAGACGGGCGCUGUCCCAGUCGGCCCUGCAGUCCCACCAGCCUGUGGCCAGGCCUGUCUCCGUGGGGCUUUCCAGGAGGCGUCUUCCUGCGGCGGUGCCGGAGCCAGAUGUGGAGGAGGAGCCAGUGCCCGACUUGCUGGGCAGCAUCCUGUCAGGCCAGAGUCUCCUGAUGCUGGGCAGCAGUGACGUCAUUAUCCACCGUGACGGCUCCCUCAGUGCCAAGAGGGCAGCUCCAGUUUCUUUUCAGCGAAACUCACGCGGUCUGUCCAGAGGGGAAGAAGGGUCCAAGGACUGCCUGCAGCCCAGAGCGCUGCCCUCAGGGAGCCCGGCUCAAGGCCCCUCGGGAAGCAGGCCACAGGGCUCAGGGCUCAGCUGUCAAGGCAUCCCCGCCCGCACAUCGGGGGCGCCUAUGAGGCUGGACUUCUCUGCAACCCCUGGGCCGGUUCAGGCUCGGAACUUGUCAAAUGGGAGUGCGCCUGGCGUAAGACACAGUCACAGCCCCCGGUUCAGCGGCACCAGCAAGCACGCUUUGCCUCUUGCUUCCGCCGCGUCUAAGAGCUCCAGCAGAGAUUCUAACCCCCCAUCUCGCAGUGUGGUGCCAGGGCCUGCCCUGAAACCAGCGCCCAGAAGAGUGGACAUCUCUGAGCUACCCAGGAUACCAAAGAUCAGAAGAGACGGCAGCGGCAGCAGACAGGCCACGGCCCCGGACCCUGGGCAGAGCAUCGAGAUCCCCAGCGCGUGUAUCAGCCGGCUAACCGGCAGGGAGGGCACCGGGCAGCCGGGGCGAGGUGUGCGGGCACAGAGCGAGGCCAGCAGCAGGGUCCCGCGGGAGCCUGGCACGCACACAGGCAGCUCCCGGCCUCCGGCCCCCAGCUCCCAUGGCAGUUUGGCCCCACUGGGAUCCUCAAGAGGGAAAGGGGUUGGGUCAACCUUUGAGAGCUUCCGGAUCAAUAUUCCUGGAAACACGGCGCAUUCCAGUCGACUCUCCAGCCCCGGCUUCUGUAACACAUUCCGGCCCGUGGACAACAAGGAGCAGAGGAAGGAGAACCCCUCGCCCCUCUUCUCCAUCAAGAAGACAAAGCAGCUGCGGAGCGAGGUCUACGACCCCUCGGACCCCACCGGCUCUGACUCCAGCGCCCCCAGCAGCAGCCCCGAGAGGUCCGGCCCCGGCCUCCUGCCCUCUGAGAUCACGAGAACCAUCUCCAUCAACAGCCCGAAGGUCCAGACGGUUCAGGCUGUGCGCUGCGUCACCUCCUACACGGUGGAGAGUGUCUUCGGGACGGAGCCCGAGCCCCCUCUUGGGCCAUCCUCCACCGUGUCCAAGCUCCGGGGCGCGGUGGCUGCCGAGGGGGCCUCUGACACAGAGCGAGAGGGGCCAGGCACAGAGGAGCCCAUGGAGAGGCAGGGCCUGGCUGCCCGGGUGCGGAGGCUGUCCCCCUCAGAGCCCUGGGAGGACAACGAUGGAGCGUCUUGCAGCACCUUCUUUGGCUCUGAGGAGCGGACGGUGACCUGUGUGACAGUCCUGGAGCCGGAAGCCCCGCCCAGCCCGGACGUGCCGCAGGCAGCCACCCACCGGGUCGUGGAGCUCAGGCCCCCUUCCCGGUCCCGCUCCACGUCCAGCUCCCGAAGCAGGAAGAAGGCCAAGAGGAAGAGGGCAUCCAGGGAGCGCCGGCGGACACGCUCCAGGACACGCUCCGGAUCCAGGGACAGGAGCUCGAGGUCAGGGUCGCCGUCGGUGGGCGAGGAGCGCCUCAGGAGGCAGCGGUCCAAGGCCAAGAGCCAUCGGUCCUCCAGCGACCGCUCCAGCAGCCGAGAGCGAGCCAAGAGGAAGAAAGCCAAGGACAGGGGCCGGGAGCACAGGCGGGCCCCCUGGGGCCGCAGCCGGAGGACGUCCCGGUCACGCUCGGGGAGCCCGGGCAGCUCUUCCUACGAGCACUAUGAGGGCAGGAAGAAGAAGACGCGGAGAUCAGGGUCCAGACCUCGGGGAAGGGAGUGCUCCCCCCCCAGCAGCCUGGAGAGGGUCCGCAGGCACAAGCACCAGCGGGAGCGCAGCCGUGAGCGGCUGGACCGGAAGGAGACUGCGGUGCGGCCCCGAGACCGGAGGAAGCGGAGGUCCCGGUCGCCAAGCUCAGAGCACAGGGCGCGGGAGCACAGGCGGCCACGGUCCCACGAGAACCUGCCCCGCAGCCGCUCCCGGUCCCCAGAGAGGAAGGGAGCUGUGAGGGAGGCGUCCCCAUCGCCCCUUCCACAGGGGGAGCCGGUGCGGGAAGACCUCCCAGCCAGGUCGCCAGCCUUGGUGGAAGCUCAUAUCUCACCGGAGGUGGCUGUGGCCGACCAGGUCCCCCUGCAGGUCCCCGCUGUCCUGGAGGUGGUGGCCGAGUGCACGCCUGACGAUCUGGAUUAUGGCGACUCCGUGGAGGCGGGACAUGUCUUUGACGAUUUCUCAGAUGAAGCUGUUUUCAUGCAGCUCGAUGACAUGAGCUCACCACCUUCUCCCGAAAGCACAGACUCUUCCCCGGAGCGCGACCUCCCUCCGAAGCCUGCGUUGCCCGCAGCCAGCCUGGCCGCCAUCCAGAGGGAGGUGUCGCUGAUGCACGAUGAAGACGCUUCACAGCCCCCACCCCUGGCAGAGGACCACCAGGAGCUGCAUGUCGCUGAGAAGACCGAGGCGCCCGGUUCCCUGGGUGUGGCGCCUGUGGGGAAGGAGGAUGGCCCUACCAUGAGUGGGAGGGUGCAGGAGGCGGCCAGGCCUGAGGAGGUGGUUUCGCAGACCCCCCUCCUGCGGACCAGAGCCCUGGUGAAGCGGGUCACCUGGAACCUGCAGGAGUCGGAGAGCAGCAUUCCUGUUGAGGACAGAGUCCCCCGGGCACCACUUCACAGGCCUCAGAAGCCCCGAGAAGGAGCCUGGGAUGUGGAGGACGUGGCCCCCACAGGGAUCAGGCAGGUGUUCUCCGAGCCGCCCCCUCCUGGUCAUGUGCUUCCGGAGCCUGGGUUUCCAGACACAGACCCCUCUCAGGUUUACAGCCCCAGCCUGCCUCCGGCCCUGGCCCAGCCCUCAAGCAUCCCACCCUGUGCGCUGGUCAGCCAGCCCACAGUCCAGUUCAUCCUGCAGGGGAGCCUGCCCCUGGUGGGCUGUGGGGCAGCACAGACCCUGGCCCCAGUGCCCACUGCCCUGACCCUAGCCUCAGAGCCAGGCGGCCAAGCCACUGCAGCCAGCAACUCGGAGGAGAAGGCCCCCACUCCUAGGCUAGCUGCAGAGAAAACCAAGAAGGAGGAGUACAUGAAGAAGCUGCAGGUGCAGGAGCGCGCAGUGGAGGAGGUGAAGCUGGCCAUCAAGCCGUUCUACCAGAAGAGGGAGGUCACCAAGGAGGAAUACAAGGACAUCCUACGCAAGGCUGUGCAGAAGAUCUGCCACAGCAAGAGUGGGGAGAUCAACCCCGUGAAGGUGGCCAACCUGGUGAAGGCCUACGUGGACAAGUACCGGCACAUGCGCAGGCACAAGAAGGCGGAGUCUGGUGAGGAGCCGCCCACCCAGGGUGCCGAGGGCUGAGGCCGUGCCCCGGGAGCUCUGUUGGGAGUGGCAGAAAACGGGGGGCACCAGCACACCUGCCCUCGGGUUCCUUUGGUGACACCUGGUCCGUGUGCCUGUCUCCCUCACAGUUGAAAACUGGACACUUUUGUAUGUAUAUUAUAGAUACACUGUUUCCAUUCUAAUUUAUCAAAAAUGGAUUAUCUUUAGAA